AUGUUGUUCAUCGAACAAAUUCGAACUAUAUCUAUAUUAUGUCUAACUGUAUUUGGAUGUACAGGAAAUUUAUUAACAUUAAUUAUACUUCAUCAACAUUUCUUUCGUAAAACACCAUCAGCUAUAUUAAUUUCAGGUUUGUGUAUUGCUGAUUGUAGUGUACUUUGUUUACAGAGUUUACAAAUUAUUGGAAAACUUUAUUUACCAGUAACAUCAUAUGAUUGUAUUGUUUUCUUUUUUCUGGAUGUAUUUCGUCUUUUAUCUGUUUGGAUUGUUUGUUUUAUAAGUCUAGAACGUUGUUCACUUGUAUUUAAUCCAUGUCAUAUACCACGUUUGAUCAGUCGAAUUAAAACAUUUAUAUUUGUUAUUGUAUUAUUUAUUAUAUCAUUACUUAUAUUUAGUCAUUAUACAGUACAUUUAAAUAUGGAAUAUUUUCCUAAUUCCAAUCAAACAAAUGUUACAUAUUCAGUUUGUACAUAUAAACCACAUUUUCAUCGUAUAGUAUGGGAAUGUUUACGAUCAGCUUUAACAUAUUGGUUAACAAUUCCAAUUUGUAUUAUUUGUAAUAUUAUUAUAAUAAAAUGUCUUUUUCAAGCAUCACGUAUUGAACGUACAUUAAAUAAUAAUUCAAUAGAUACAUUAAAUUUAUCAAAUAAACAACGUCAAUUAACAGCAAUGCUUGUUACAUCAUCUAUAGUUUUCGUUUUAACAGUAACACCUUCAACAAUACAUACAAUUUAUUUAUCAAUAACAAAAAAUUUUACUCCUUAUCAAUAUAUUAUAAAUAUAAUUACAAAUAUUCUUCUUCAUUUUCAUCAUGCAAUAAAUUUUUUAGCUUUUAUUUUUUCAUGUGCACGUUUUCGUACUGAAUUAAUUAAAUUAUUUCGUACUUAUUUAUGUCGUCGAAUUUUUCAACGUUUAUAUAAAAAUCCAACACCAUCAACUGAACAAAUGUAUAUGUAUUCAACAAGACAACAAAAAACACCAAUAAAAUUAUUUACACCAAAAACAUAUUCAUAUAGACGAAAUAAUCAAAAUGGAAUAAUUGUACUUGGAACAAAUAAUUAUAAGAAUAAAACAGGACGAAAUUAUUAA